AGGGGGAAAAAGUCACAUGGUCAGUCUCCCUUGCAGUUUUCAGAUUCUGUUAUCUUCGGAUGUAAAGAGAUCUGGGUGAGCUCCCGCUGGCAACUGCUGGUAAUGGGGGAAACCCAGUCAUCUGUUUACGAAGGGCCUGAUUCAAAGCUCAUGAAGGGGAAUUGUUCCCUUGACUGCAGUGGGCCCCUAAAUACGGCACUUAAAAUGGAAUUUCAGUAGUGGGCAGGAGGCCUGAAGUUCCCAUGUUGGGGCAGGGUCCUGCUAGUAUUGUACCGAAACGUUACCUGCUAGUGCAGGCCUCCUCAGCAGGAUGAGUUACAGCAUGAUGAGCCAGUGCCUGAGUCAACUUUCACUGCCAGAACAGAAUGAAGGGACCUUCACGAGAGCGGGAAUCAGGAUCUGCUGGUAUAGCCUCUUGCUGCUGCUGGUUUUCCACUGGGCUCCAAAAACAGCAGAAGCCCAAGAACGUAGAACUGUUGGUACAGGCUCUUCAGUGCUGUUGACGGCAUUGCCCACCAAUGACCAAACAGUCAUAAAACAUAUACAGUGGGAAUACAUAAGUAGUGUGCCAGCUCUCAGUGUUGUGGAUUACUAUGGAACUGGAACAGAACCUAUUAUCUUUAAAUCCUAUAAAGACAGAGUCAUUUUCUAUUCAUCCAACGGCUCCCUCUUGUUGAAAAAUGUACAAGAGACAGACAGCGGGACCUACAGAGCUACCGUCAAUUUGAACAAAAUUGAAGCCAGGCAAACUACACUGCUAGUCUUAGAGCCUAUGUCCAAAGCUCAGAUACAGAUAAACUCUACUGUGGCCGGUUCAUCCAUUGAAUUAUCCUGCAAGGUGCUGGUUGGCAAAGUGCAAGCUAUUGACUGGAAGAAAGAUGGGAAGCCCCUACCCAGGGACAGAUGUUACCAGGUCUCUGAAAACUUCAGUCUUUUGUACAUACCAGAAGCACAGAAAUCAGAUUGUGGAUCCUUUUCCUGCAAUGCCAGCAAUGAUAUAAGCUGGCAGGAAACUUCAGUGAAUUUGACCAUUGAAGGGAUCAGGCCUGCACUAAAGCUUGCACUGAAAAUUUCUACUGUUGCUCUUGUUAUUGCAACAACAUUGGCUGCUGGAUCUGGAUUGGGCUUCAUUAUCUUGUGCUGUCAGUCAGAGAAGAGAAAACUUACGGGAGAGCUGUGGAGAUGGCUUGUUGUAUUCAUCCAUGGGUUGGUGUGUGUCUCAGCUAUCUUGAUGUUCACUGCUGCUGUCUUCUGGAUGCAGGAAGAAGGUUUCUCCACAGCCCUUGUAUUGUAUAUGAUCUUCCUCACAUGGGUGAUCAUGGUAACGCUUCUCAUAAGUGCGGUCUUGGCAAUUUGUCCCCAACACCUGGAGAUGUUUAAAAAGAAAACAAUGCACCACGUCAUUCUGGAUACUGCAGCUCCUGGGGGAGUGAUUCUAGUUGUGUUGUUUGCCAUCUUCCUUACACAGAACAUCCAGCAUCUCCAAAGAAAAGGCUGCUCACCAUUUUUUGACAGCACAGCUGCCAUCCUUAUUGCUGCUGCAGUUUCUCUCCUUAUUCUUCUAGCGCCCUUUGUGUGGUAUCACAGGAAGAAAAAAAAACAAGAAAAGGAUCAACAAGGAAGAAAACCUGCAGAAGUAAGGAUGAAGUGCCCCAGAAAACCUUUUCAUUGGACUUUGAAAAUUUUUUCAUUGGUUCUCCAUAGUACAACAAAAACGGAGAGAUCUGUUAAUUCAGCCAGGACUUUUCUGAGCUUCCAGUACUUCAAAACACUUUACAACUGCUUGUGUAAAUGUAUAGUUACACACAGGACUAUUGUUUAACAUUUCCCAGUAAAACACCACAUCUUUUUAGGCCAGGAAGGGAAGAAUUUCACAUGCAAUUGAAAAGCUGAGAAUUUCUGGAAGCAAAAUGUAGUGAAAUAAGAUGGACUGUAGCCAGGACAGUGGGAUCAGCUCUGCUGCUUUUCUAGUGGCACUCGUUACAUUUUUCAUGACCUGGCAGAGAGGAGUUCUGAAUUUUGCCUCUGCUCUGCAUGACAGAUGCCUCCAAUGCCAUCCCUGGCCAUCAGUGCAAUUCUGAUGUCAAGCUAGAUUGUAGAGGGUGACAAUACUCUCUUGCCCAGCCCCCUACAACUCAGCAAUAGCCUCUUGCUCUUGGAAGGAAUUGCAUGCCAUACAGAAACACCAAUGCUAGUUCUGGAAGCACCUAUUUAAUUCCUGGAGCUGGUCUCAUCAAGAGGUCUCGUUCCCUCUGCUGUCCAAGGAAGUGUCAUGCAUAGGCUCCUGGAAGUUGUCCCUUUAUUGUCCAGGCCUGGAGCUAUAACAGUCCUUGGAUGGCCAGAGGUGCAGAACUGACCAGCCAGCAAACAUGGUUGAAGGGAUGCUUGAGGUGAUAGCUAACGCAGCAGAACAAAUUUCAAACAUUUUCAUUGCUUUCCUAUGUAGAAACAGUUAAAUAAGGAUCCAGAAGCAGAAAGCCAGAAAUGAAAGGCUGGCAGUGGAUCGCCAGAGGUUACAAGAUUUCACCAUUUGAGAAUUUUGAAGAUGAGAUGGGGAAAAACCUCCAAACUACCUGUCAGCUUCACUGGCACCUAGGCCAAAUCAAUUUGGAAGACUUACAUAGAAGUUUUCUCCAGACUUCUUUCCAAAGAUUUUCUUCAGAAUAAUUCAUCUUCAUUCAUUCUCUACUGAGGUAAAUGAAGAAUUCAUUCCCCAUGUUCAUUCAAUCCUGAUCUUUCUCACACUAUUCCUUCAACUGCUCUCGAUCAGGGUUAGAAAUAGACCAGUUUUUCCCCCAAAAUCUCAUUUUGAGCUAGAAAUGGACCCGCGGCUUUGCUGCUCAAGUUUAUGGUAAGUAUGAGUGCGAGUGUUGUGUUGGGACAGUUGUUAGUUUGUGCAGGUAAUAAAUGAGGGGUGUAUGCUGUGGUGAGGGGCUGUGUGUGUUAGCUGUGUUGAUUUGUAUGUAGAAAGAGUUGGGCUGGGAGAUUUGUAUUGUGUGCACAUGACAGUUGGGCACACAGGUUGAGCAGUUGGUCCACCUUCUGUGCAGUCUCCCUCAUACAAUCAAUGAAAUUGCUGCAUGCAAAGUAGCUGUAGAAUAAGGGUAGUGAUUUGUUGUAUUACCCUGAUAUUACUAUGGUCUAGGACUCUUGGCAUGGCACAGACAUUCCAUACUGUAGCUGUACACUGCACAAGUGUAAUUUGGAAAGUCAAAAUGGCAGAGAACUUAAUGAGAUAUUAACAGAUUGCAAAACUCAGUGGUUAUUACUCCUGGUGAUAUUCUGAAUGAAGUGCACUCGGCCAUGAUUGCAGCUGACCAGCUGUUUCCAUUGCUUCACACUGACUCAGAGUAGGCUCCAGCAUUACAAUCCUCUUAUAUAAACUUUCAAAAUUUCUGAUUGUCAUACAGUUUCUCUCAUUUAUCUUGUCACUGAGUGCAAGAAACUAAAUAAUAUCUCAGGAGAGCUGGUGUGUGUGUGUGUGUGUGUGUGUGUGUGUGUGUGUGUUCCUUUUAGCCCCCUCCCCUUCCUUUUGCCAAUCCAUAACUUUUCAAAACUUAAACUUUUACAAAAAGUUAUGGCAUGGCAGAAGAAAAAGUGAAAAGUUACAAAGUGGUGUAGUUUCAUUUUUCUUGUUGCCACUUUUCUGAAUUUCAACUGAUUCUGCAGACAUCUUUCACAUGCUUAACUUUACUAGUGGGAGUAAUCCAAUGAUUUCAAUGGAACUACUCAGGAGUAAAGUUAUGCACAUUCAUACAUGUUUGUAGAAUUGGAGCCAUGAAGGUGUUCAGAAAAAUUGUGUCAAAAGGGAAAAAAUGGAAAAAGUGAAAGAAAAACCACAACCCCUCAAAACAAAAUCUUGGCAUUCAUUCUGUUUCAGUCAGUGGCAAAGGAACAAGGAAGUGGGUGGGAGACCGUGCAGUCUCAAAUUUCAAAAAAAGGCUUACUUUUGAGGAAAAAGAGAGAAGGGGAAGGUAUGGGGUGGGUUUUUGUUUUUAACUGUUUUUCUCACCUCUUCCAGUGAGAAAAGAGGAAAAGUAUUUGUUUUUUAAGUGAUAAAAAUGGGAGGGAAAGUCUGAAAACAAGUGUAUUAUUUCAGUGGCCAAAAAGUAAAACAAAAUGAAAAGUGCAAUUUAGAAGGAAACACCAUCUCAUUUCAAAGAGGAGGACAGAGGUGAAUGGCUAGAAUGAGGUGUGUCUUGAAAAGGAGUGUGUGAGUGCAGGGAUUAGGGAGGAGAUGGUGGUGGGGCUUACUUCAGUCUUUGCUGCGCAGAAAGGUGGAAAAAUCCUAUACACAUGGCCUUUUGUGGGUGGAUUGUGUGAUGUGUAUUCAUAGAUUCCAAGGCCAGAAGGGACCAUUGUGAUCGUCUAGACUGAUUGCCUGUCUGACACAGGCCCUAGAACUUUCCCAAAAUAAUUCCUAGAGCACAUCUUUUAGAACAACAUCUAAAACAUGUUGGUGUGUUGUGAGCGUGCUGGUGUGCUGAUGGUGCAAAGGUGUGUUAGAAGAGUGUUCAUUUUGGUGUGUGAUUGUGUAUAUGUGUGUGGGGGUGUUUGGUACAAUGCUUUGUGAUAUUUUUAAAAAAGGAAUGAAAACUCCUUAAUGGCGUAAUAGAAGAUAGGCUGGAGAGCCUGAAAGCUGGAGCCAAGGAAUUCUGAUAUAGAGGUUUUAAUAUUUUUUUAUAUUGAAUAUAUAUUCAAUCUUCUUGAUAUCUUAUUACUUAGCUUUUUAUCUUUUGAAAAGAUAGUGGGUUUACUGGGUUGGCGUGGAUUUUAUUUUCAAAGCUAAACAGUGUGCAUGUUCCCCUUAGCCUGCUUUCCAUUGCCAUAUCACUGUGGCUUGCCAUAAAUAGAAACAGUGGUUGCUAAUUUCUAUUUUGGUAAAAAUGGCUGGUUAUUGCUUUGUCAUCAGCUGAUCUUUGGUAACCCAAGCCCAGAACGUCAAAGGCAUUUAGAUCAUGGGGGUUAGGCAUCUUUGAGAAUCUGGACCCCAGUUUAUAUAUUGCCAGGACAUUUUAAAUAAAUCAUUUUGCUCUCUCUUUUGCUUAUAACAGAUAUAUUUGUAUUUUUCAUUUAAUACUUUAGUUUUUUGUUUUUGUCUCCUGGGCAUUUUUCCGAUCGCUGCCUAGAGGGUCAGAAAGGAAUUUCCCAGAGUUUUUCCCCUCUUUAAAAAGAGGGGUUUUCCCUCUGGGUUUUUGCCUUUCUCAGGAGAACUACUGAGGCCUAAAAAUAUAUUUUGCCAGUUUGACUCAGUUAAUUUGUUGGUAAUUUGACUCAAUAAAUUCACUGCCAGUUGGGCUCAAUAAAAAACUUUCAUUUUUAUAACUGAA